GCGCUAAACCCAGCAAGCAGCAGUUCCCCGCGAUUCCGAAGUUCCGAAAGCCCGCCGUCGCCGGAGACGAUCAGACGGCAGCGCCAACACUCCGGGCGCGCGAGGCCAAAUGGCGCCGAAGAAGAAGCAGCCGGGCUCGAAGCAGAAGCAGAAGCCCAAACCCUCCUCCUCCUCGUCGUCCUCCUCAUCCGCCGCCGCCGCAGCGCCGCGCCUCCAGAUCUCGUCGGAGAACGAGCGCCGCCUCCGGCGCCUGCUCCUCAACUCCUCCGCCGCAGCAGCCCCCUCCCUGGCGCCCACGGACGGUCCGGCGGCCCGCGGAGAGUCGAGGGAGCAGAAAGCGCGGCGGCUGCGUGGCGUGUACGACAAGCUCGCGCUCGAGGGCUUCUCCUCCGCGCAAAUCGAGCAGGCGCUCUCUGCUAUACCGGAUUCGGCGACGUUUGAGUCGGCGUUGGACUGGCUGUGCUUUAAUCUGCCAGGCGAUGAGCUCCCCCUGAAGUUCUCCAGCGGUGGCACCAGCACCACCUCUUCUCGCACAGGAGCUGAAGGUUCUGUUAAGGUACUGUCCACAGCCAAGGACAAUUGGGUUCCACAGAGUCGUGAACCUGAGGAGGUGAAGGUGAGCACCGAGCAGUUGGAAAUCAGAAUUGGUGGGCGGAGAGAGGAGAAUGUAUCAUUGGAUGACGGGCGGUCAUCGCAAGCUGCUUGGAUUCGGCAGUAUAUGGAACAGCAAGAGGAGGAUGAUGAUGCAAAUUCGAAUGAUUCCUCCACAUGGGAAGAUCACUGCUUAGAAAGUUUUGAAGUUGUUGAAGCAAAACCAAAUAGGCGGAAGAGCAAGGCUGCAAAAAAGAAUUCCAAGCAUGGAAGCUCGAAGGAACAUAUAACCCAUUCUGCACAUCCUGUCUCAUCAAAUUCUGAAACUGCAAACAUUGAGGGUGGUCAGAAUGAUUUAGGGGUAGCUGAAAAUAAAUCUGACAGUCUAGGUAAUGAUGAAGGGCCUGAUUUGAAAAAGGGGAUCCCUAAUGAUGUCGUUGAAACUUGCACAAAGGAGAUAGAUGAAGAGGAGAUUGAGCUUGGUGGCAUGUUUUUUGAAGACUCGUCUGCUUGGGACGCAGUGGCUCCAGAAAUAUUGAAACAGCAAAAAAUAGAGAAAUUAUCACAUGAUGGUUAUGGCAAUCUUCUUGGGAACAUAGAUGAUAUAUGGAAGAAGGGAGAUUCUGGUAAAAUGCCAAAAGCAGUUCUACAAAAGUUUUGUCAGAGACUUGGUUGGGAAGCACCAAAAUAUAGUAAAAUAUCUGAGAAAAAUGGUAAAUUUGUGUAUGCUGUUAACGUGUUGCGGGGUGCUACUGGCCGUGGUAAGAGUCGGAAGGCUGGAGGCUUGACGAAAAUUCAGUUACCUGAAAUAGAUGAAGAAUAUGGAUCUGUUGAGGAAGCACAAAGUCGAGUUGCAGCUUUUGCUCUAUAUCAAUUCUUUGCUGAUCUUCCGCUACGCCAUCUGCUUACUGAGCCAUACUCAUCACUUGUUUUAAGAUGGCAAGAAGGUGAAUUGUUGUCAACAUCAAGGGUGCUUGAUACUGAAGACAGUCGAAGAGCUGGCUUUGUAGAUAUGUUAUUGAAUAUGGAUGCAGAUACAUCCCUAAUCGAAGAUUCUUCUGCUGGUGGAAUAUUUGUAGAUUCUAGGGAUACUGAAGAUAACAAAUCUGUACAUGAGAAGAGAGAGGCUGCCAUGAUGAGUUGUAUGGGAUUGAAAUCCCCAGAGCAUGCAGAGAGUGCAAUUUUGAAAAAGCAGUUGGAAGACAAAAGGAAGCUACCAAAUUACUUGAAAAUGCUGGAAGCAAGAGCUUCUCUACCAAUAGCUAAACAGAAGCAACAUUUCCUACAAUUACUGAAAGAGAAUGAUGUAAUUGUUGUUAGUGGAGAAACUGGAUGUGGGAAAACAACUCAGGUGCCACAGUUUAUUUUGGAUGACAUGAUUGAGUCUGAACUUGGAGGUUAUUGCAAUAUAAUUUGCACACAACCCCGGAGGAUAGCGGCCAUUUCUGUUGCGGAGAGAGUGUCUGAUGAAAGGUGUGAAUCUUCACCUGGAUCGAAUGAUUCACUGGUCGGAUAUCAAGUUCGUCUUGACAGUGCACGGAAUGAGAGGACAAAACUUUUGUUCUGCACUACUGGUAUCCUUCUCAGGAAAUUAUCUGGAAACAGAGACUUAAGUGAUGUUACUCAUGUUGUAGUAGAUGAAGUACAUGAACGUACUAUUUUGAGUGACUUCUUGCUUAUUGUUCUUAAGAAUCUCGUUGAGAAACGCUCCUAUCAACAAGGAAGGAAGUUGAAAGUGAUUCUCAUGUCCGCGACGGUCGAUUCAAGCCUAUUUGCACGAUAUUUUGGAGAAUGCCCUGUGAUUAAUGUUGAAGGAAGAACACAUCCGGUGUCAACUCACUUUCUUGAGGAUGUUUAUGAGAAAAUGGAGUACUGUCUUGCAUUGGAUUCUCCUGCAUCAGGAGCGUACUUCGCACACCAUGGGGAAAAGUGGAAGCAUGCGAGCAGCUCAGUGAAUAACCGACGAGGAAAAAAGAACCUUGUCUUAUCCUCAUGGGGUGAUGAGUCAACUCUUUCUGAAGGCUAUGUUAACCCUCAUUAUGUUUCUGAUUACUAUAAGUCAUACAGUGAGAGAACCAACCAAAAUCUAAAAUGCUUGAAUGAAGAUGUGAUUGAUUUUGAUCUAUUGGAAGACUUGAUAUGCUAUAUUGAUGAGAAUUUCCCUCCUGGUGCUCUUCUAGUUUUUCUUCCUGGAGUUGCAGAGAUUGACAUGUUGAUUGAUAGAUUAUCUGCUUCAGUUAGAUUUGGAGGGGCAUCAUCUGAUUGGAUCCUUCCUUUACAUUCACUACUUGGACCCACUGAUCAAAGAAAAGUGUUCCAGUCUCCUCCAGAUAACUUUCGCAAGGUUAUUGUUGCCACAGACAUAGCAGAGACCAGUAUUACAAUUGAUGAUGUAAUAUAUGUCGUUGAUGCUGGAAAGCACAAGCAGAACCGUUAUAACCCACGGAAGAAAAUGUCAAGCAUAGUAGAAGAUUGGAUUUCUCGUGCAAAUGCAAAGCAGAGACGCGGAAGGGCUGGUCGUGUGAAGCCUGGUUUAUGUUUCUGUUUGUAUACCAGGCAUCGGUUUGAAAAUACUAUGCGUCCAUUUCAGGUGCCUGAGAUGCUACGGAUGCCUUUGACUGAGCUGUGCCUGCAAAUAAAAUCACUUCAUCUGGGAGACAUCAAAUGCUUCCUGCUAAAGGCAGUAGAGCCCCCUAACGAAGAAGCUAUUUCCUCUGCAGUUGACUUGUUAUACAAGGUUGGAGCAUUUGAAGGACAUGAAGAGUUGUCGCCUCUUGGGUAUCAUCUAGCAAAACUGCCUGUUGAUGUUUUGAUUGGAAAGAUGAUGCUUUAUGGUGCUAUCUUUGGUUGUUUAUCACCAAUUCUUUCUGUUGCUGCUUUUCUGAGUUAUAAAUCCCCAUUUAUCUCUCCAAAAGAUGAGAAGCAAAAUGUAGAGAAAGCAAAAGCUACACUGUUGAAUGAGAACCUUGAUGGGUCUACUUCUGCAACAGAUAAUAAACAAUCAGACCACCUGUUAAUGGUAAUUGCAUACGACAAAUGGUCUCGGAUACUGCUACAGCAUGGAACCAAAUCUGCUCGUCAGUUUUGCCAUUCAUUUUACUUGAAUAGUACAGUGAUGCACAUGAUCAGGGACAUGCGUCUUCAGUUUGGCACAUUGUUAGCUGACAUUGGACUUAUUGAUCUUCCUAAAGAUAGCAUGAGGCCUAAGGAGGGGAGUAGAAAAAGUAAUCUUGAGAGCUGGUUUUCUAAUAUGUCUCUUCCAUUCAACACGUAUGCUCGCUGCACCUCAGUUAUUAAGUCGGUCAUAUGUGCAGGUCUAUACCCUAAUGUUGCAGCAUCUUUGGAGGGUGUUGAUCCUGGAGCUCUAGGUGGAAGAAAGCCAUCUGAUAUUCUGUUCAGCAAGGACCGUCCUAGAUGGUAUGAUGGAAGGCGAGAAGUCCAUAUACAUCCAUCAUCUGUGAACCACAGCUUGAAAGCUGUUCAAUAUCCAUUUUUGGUGUUUCUUGAAAAGGUUGAGACAACAAAGGUGUUUUUACGUGAUACUAGUGUCAUUUCCCCCUACUCACUCCUUCUGUUUGGUGGUUCCAUGGUGAUCCAACAUCAGACAGGGGUGGUUGUUAUAGAUGGAUGGUUGAGGCUGUCUGCUGCUGCACAGACUGCUGUGUUAUUCAAGCAACUUCGAAUAACACUUGAUGCUGUUCUGAAAGAACUGACAAGAAAGCCAGAGAUGGCAACUUUUGUUGACAAUGAAGUGGUCAGGUCCAUCAUUCAUUUACUGUUAGAAGAAGACAAGGCCCAACUAGCAUGAAUUCAUGGUCAUCGAAUUAUAAUGUAGAUAACAGUGGAACUGUGUCAGAAUCAACCAAAGGACUUUGGGAGCACAUUAAGGUGUCCGGAUUAAGCUUGCACACGACCAGAUACUGGCCUUUUCGUAGGACAUAAUGAUGUGGAAUCUGUUUGCACCCACAGAUGUUCAGAGUUUGCCAGUUUGGUCAUUUUGAUAUUUUGGGUUCUGUGUAGGCAUCAAUAUUGGUUCUUGCUGCCGUGCACAUUCCAUGCUGAUCUGCAAGCAUUCUUACUGUGCAGUGUGGGUGAUUUCCGAUGUGGAAAAGAGGUUUGCAAUAUAUUGACGUGUAUAUGCUUGCUUUUUAUGUGGAAGAAGUUUUCCUGAAUCUAGUGUACUCUUAUCCCAAAUGGGAACUUAGUAUACAUCAAAAUACGGAGCAGCGGAAAUCCAAAAGCCUGAAUCCUUGUCAAUCUAGCAUUUGAAAUGUCGACCAGAGAAGAAUAAUGAAAAACCAUACAUAUAUGGGACAAUAAGCAGAUACCAUAGUGUGUUGGUGAUGAUAAUUGCAUUAGCAUUCAGAAAUAUAGCGUCGCAAAUUCUGCAAUUCACGAUGUAGUGAUCCAUUCUGGAUGAACAGCUGCAAUUGAAUUUGGGAAUGCAGCCGUACAUCAUGUACAAAGUACUCUAGCAAUGUUAUUUAGUACGAAUUUAGUACGAAUUUGCUCCUACGGCACGCUAUACAAGUUUCCAUAACCUCAAAAAGGUUGAUUGCUAUGGUAUAGUGAUUGGCGCUCGA